AUGUCCGGCUACAACGGGCGUCGUGCCCCCAACUUUUCUCAGUACUUGAGUGACUUGAACACAGUACCAUCGCCCUACGACCAAGCUGUGCAGGAGGACCGAGAGAUUUUCGACGUUGAUGCUGAAUUGGCUCUCUUUACGAAUGCCGAGUUUCUCGAUUUUGACUCCAAAGGGGAUAUGUCAGGUCGUGUACCAGUCACCGCCCUAGGGGAGGACCAACACAACCCAGAAUCAACCUCGAAUCAAGAUGUCAAAUAUCUAGACAUGCUGAAUGUGGCUCCAGUCCAAGCUGCCGCAUAUUCAACCGUUUCGCAGCAACCCGCAAAUCACGGAAAUAACGUCACAGCUGCGCCUAUUCAACCCGUAUUCAACACAUCCGCCCCACCACAAGUCCAGCCCAGGAUACAGCCCACAACGAGCGCAGGGGCCAAGCGAAAACAAGACACUUCUUCUCUCGACGACGCCGCUCGGCAAGCCCAGGAAGAAGAUAAAAGGCGCCGAAACACAGCCGCCAGCGCUCGAUUCCGCGUCAAGAAGAAGGAAAGGGAGAAGAACCUUGAACGCACCGUCAAGGACGUCACCACCAAAAAUGCCGCUCUCGAAGCUCGCAUAAGCCAACUUGAGUUGGAGAACCGGUGGCUCAAAAACCUGAUCACCGAGAAAAACGGCUCCGCACUUACUGACGGCGAUAUUUCGGGCAUGUUCACCAAGUUUCAGGAGAGCAAGGAAGGGGCCACCGUUACUCAACAGCAACAGGGAGGUCAAGAAGUAAAAGCCGAAGCUACCACAGCGGAAACCAGAGCUUCGUGA